AUGGCCGACCACCGCGCAGUGCCUGCCACCACCUGGUGCCUGCUGCUGCCUGGUGCCUCCUACCACCCGGUGCCUGGCGCUUCCCCGUGCCUGCCGCCGCCCGGUGCCUGCCGCCACCUGGUGCCUGCCACUGCCCAGUGCCUGUCGCUGCCUGCUGCCUGGUGCCUGCCGUCACCUGGUGCCUGCCGCUGCCCAGUUUCUGCCACCACCCAGUGCCUGCCGCCGCCCAGUGCCUGCCACUGCCCAGGGACUGAGACCACAUGGUGCCUGCCGGCGCCCCGUGCCUGUCGCUGCCUGAUUCCCGCUAAAACCUGGAGCCUGGAAGGGCCCUGUGCUUGCCGCCGCACGGGUCCUGCCGCUACCUGGUGCCUGCUGCCGCCCAGUACCUGCCACUGCCCAGUGCCUGCCGCCGCCCAGUACCUGGCACCGCCCAGUGCCUGCCGCCACCUGGUGCCUUCCACUGCCCAGUGCCUGUCCCUGUCUGGAGCCUCCUACCAACUGGUGCCUGGCACUGCCCCAUGCCUGCAGCUGCCCGGUGCCUGCCGGCACAUGUGCCUGCCACCACCUAGAGCCUGCCACCGCCCAGUGCCUGCCACCUCCCAGUGCCUGCCACCGCACAGUGCCUCCCACUGUCCAGUGCCUGCCGCCACCUUGUGCCUGCUGCUGCCCAGUGCCUUUCGCUGCCUGGUGCCUGCUACCACCUGGGGCCUGGCGCUGCCACGUGCCUGCCGCCGCCCGGUGCCUGCUGCCACCUGGUGCUUCCCGCUGUCCAGUACCUGCCACCGCCCAGUGCCUGCCGCUGCCCAGUGCCUGCCGCCACCUGGUCCCUUCCACUGCUCAGUGUCUGUUCCUGUCUGGAGCCUCCUACCAACCGGUGCCUGGCGCUGCCCUGUGCCUGCAGCCGCCCGGUGUCUGCCGGCACAUGGUGACUGCCGCCACCCAGUGCCUGUAGUUGCCUGGUGCCUGCUACCAACUGGUGCCUGGCACUGCCCCGUUUUUCCGCCCCCCAGUGCUUGCCACCACCUAGAGCCUGCGCCGCCCAGUGCCUGCCACCUCCCAGUGCCUGCCACCUCACAGUGCCUCUCACUGUCCAGUGCCUGUCGCCGCAUUGUGCCUGCCGCUGCCCAGUGCCUUUCGCUGCCUGGUGCCUGCUACCACCUGGGGCCUGGCGCUGCCACGUGCCUGCCGCCGCCCGGUGCCUGCUGCCACCUGGUGCUUCCCACUGUCCAGUACCUGCCACUGCCUAGUGCCUGCCGCCGUCCAGUGCCUGCCACCACCCAGUGGCUGCUGCCGCCCGGUGCUUGCCUCCACCUGGUGCCUGCCACCGCCCAGUGCCUGCCCCCGCCCAAUGCUUGCCGCCACCUGGUGCCUGCCACUGCCCAGUGCCUGUCGCUGCCUGGUGCCUGCUACGAACCAGUGCCUGGCCCUGCCUCGUGCCUGCGGCCACCUCAUGGCUACCGCCACCUGGUGCCUGCCGCCGCCCAGUUCCUGCCACCGCCCAGUGCCUGCCGCCGCCCAGUGCCUGCCACUGCCCAGGGCCUGAGACCAUAUGGUGCCUGCCGGCGCCCCGUUCCUGUCGCUGCUUGGUUCCCUCUAAAACCUGGAGCCUGGCGGGGCCCUGUGCCUGCCACCGCACGGGUCCUGCCGACACCUGGUGCCUGCCGCCGCCCAGUACCUGGCACCGCCCAGUGCCUGCGCCACAUGGUGCCUUCCACUGCCCAGUGCCUGUCCCUGUCUGGAGCCUCCUACCAACCAGUGCCUGGCGCUGCCCCGUGCCUGCAGCUGCUCAGUGCCUGCCACCUCACAGUGCCUCCCACUGUCCAGUGCCUGCCGCCACCUUGUGCCUGCCGCUGCCCAGUGCCUUUCGCUGCCUGGUGCCUGCUACCAUCUGGGGCCUGGCGCUGCCACGUGCCUGCCGCCACCCGGUGCCUGCUGCCACCUGGUGCUUCCCACUGUCCAGUACCUGCCACCGCCCAGUGCCUGCCGCCGUCCAGUGCCUGCCACCACCCAGUGCCUGCCGCCACCUGGUGCCUGCCGCUGCACAGUGCCAGUUGCUGCCUUGUGCCUGCUACCACCCGGUGCCUGGCGCUGUCCCGUGCCUGCUGCCGCAAGGUGUUUGCCACCACCUGGUGCCUGCCGCUGCCCAGUGCCUGUCACUGCCAGGUGCCUGCUACCUCCCGGUGCCUGGUGCUGCCCCAUGCCUGCAGCCGCCAGGUGCCUGCCGCCACCUGGUGCUUCCCGCUGUCCUGCACCUGCCACCACCCAGUGCCUGCCGCUGCCUGGUGCCUGCCGCCACCUGGUGCCUGCCACCGCCUAGUGCCUGCCACCGCCCAAUGCCUGCCGCCAACUGGUGCCUGCCGCUGCGUGCCUGCCACCACCUGGUGCCUGCCGCUGCCCAGUACCUGUCACUGCCCGGUGCCUGCUACCACCUGGUGCCUGGCGCUGCCCCGUGCCUGCUUCCACGUGGUGCUUGCUGCCACCUGGUGCCUGCCGCUGCCCAGUGCCUGUCACUACCUGGUGCCUGCUACCACCCAGUACCUGACAUUGCCCCGUGCCUACCACCACCCAGUGCCUGCCACCGCCCAGUGCCUGCCGGCACCUGGUGCCUCCCGCUGCACAGUGCCUGUCACUGCCUUGUGCCUGCUACGACCCGGUGCCUGGCGCUGCCCGUGA